AUGGGUAUACCUUUAGAUUUAUAUACUAAUGAACAUUGUACUGUUCUUGAAGCAAAAAAAUAUUCGAAAUUAGAGCCCAUAGAUGAUUAUUCUAAACAAAGAUUAUAUGAUUGGCUACUAUUAGCCUCCGCAAAUAGCAAUAGAAUCGUUACUUCAAAUGAUUAUAUUAGUAAUCAUGAUCUUUUAAAUGAUCCCACAAACGAUUUUCACCAUGGGAAUUCUAAGAUCGAUCCAAGGGAAAGUUUAGUGAUACAACAUUUAAAUUAUAGAACUUCACGUUUUAAACAAUGUAAUAAUUUAACUACUUUGGUUUAUGAUACAGAAUGGUUACAACCAGUACAUAUAAUAACAAACGAUAACUCUAAUAAUAACAAUAAUAUUAUAAUACGUUCAAUUGAUUUAAUUGGUGACAUCAAACAAUUAUAUAAACUGGUUUCACCAAUUAUUGACAUAUAUGGUUGGGUUCAAAAAUGUAAUUCACAAUUAUUUAUUACAUUAAUAUUACAAAAUAAUACCCUUAUCAUAAUGUCUUAUGAUUUAUUAAAUUUUCAAUUAUUACAAGAUAAUUGCUCAUACUUUAAUAUAACAUCAAACAUUGGGAAUCAAAUAACAAAGGUUUUCAUUGAAUUUUUACCAAAUUAUUUACCUAUUGUCACCGAUAAUAAAUUUGUAAUUUAUAAUUUCAAUCAAGAUUACUUUCAUUUAUUAGAGAUUCCACAUGAAUUAAUAAAUUCAAAAUAUGAUUAUUUUAUUAAUUUCCCACAAUUAUUAAUUUCAAAUGAUAAUAACUGUAUAUGGCAAAUUAGUAAUAUUUUAGAGACAAAUCAUUGUGAUAUUAAAAAAUUCGAUUUAGCACCAAUAUUAAGAGAUGGUGAAACUUUAGAUAAAAUGUUAAUAACAGAUUUACAUAGAUUCACUACAGAGACAAAUCAAAGAAUUAUUACAAUUAAUACAAUAAUUUCAGAAUAUAUUGAUUUUAAAGUCAUUUUGACUAAAAAUUCUAAAUCUACAAUGACAUUACAUUCCAAUGAUUUAAAAAAAAUGAUACUAAUCGAGAAAAAUCUCUACAGCUUAUCAUUAUCUAUCCUUAAUUGGUUUCAACAUACUGAACAAUAUGUCCUGGAUAGUUAUAACGAUUUACAAAGUAAUCUAUUGUCAAGUGCUGAACAGUUACCCAUUAGUAACAACACCAAUAACACCAAUAAUGCAAGAGAUAUUCAUUAUGCUCAUUAUAAUGACGAGUAUAAUACUAUCACGUUAUACCAUUCUAACCCCAUGAUCAUCGACACAUUCGUCAUAAUGCCAUAA